UAAUUGAUUUCAUUCCCUGCAAUGCUGCCGCGGGCCAACUGAUGUGGUAGUAAUGUCGGUAAUCGUGUUUCUCUCAACAUAGGCCCAUGAUGGAAACCAUGUGAGUGCACAGUGGGUAGGUAUGGGUCCCAGACAUCCUCAUAUGUUCAGUCUGUUAAUAGUUUGCCAAGACUUACUUAGAGCUCUGCUUCUACAUUCAAGUUCUCUUAAUCAUGAACUUCGUUCAUUACUGAGUUCGAAAUUCCACGAUUAUUCUCGGUUGAGUCGGAGUGCAUUACAUGCACUUCAAGGACAUGUCAUGGGAAGCACUGGCAAUGGCGUGGUGGCACUACAUGCGGUUAGGCUACGGAAUUUCCAAAGACUCCAUCUCCGUCGUGUCCGACUGAUGGAUGAUAACAUGACUCGGACGAAUGCUCUUACUUAUCCGGAUCUGAGGUGGGUAAGGGUUACUCAGGUAAACGCUACUUACCAUGAGAAGCCCGUGUUGCAAUUGCAAGUGUUUCAGUUACAUGACGGAGAAACCUGCGGUUUUGUUGCGCCUCAAUGGCCCAAUGGAAGAAGUGCUCAUUAACUUAAACAGCAAGCGUCGCGGGAGGCAAGUGCGGCACUUACGUUGCGUAUAUUAUUCAUUAGUAGAUGCCCCAUUUUUGAGCUGUCAAGCAUGCAGAUUCAACACGUCAUCCAACAUCUGGGGUAGCAUGCAGGCGAACUAUCAAAUCAACGUCAUACGCAUGCGGGGUCGUGGUGAUUCGUGACGCCU